AUGGCACCUAUGUCGCAGGAGGACCUGGAGUGGUUCAAGUCCACUUUCCACCCCAUUCCCAAACCAGAGAUUCCGGACGAUACCGUUGAUUAUGCGCUCUAUCAUAUCCCUUCCAGCCCCGCCCCCGCCACUAUCGACGAGGUCGCAGAAACGCGAGCGCGACUGGUCGAGGUACAACGGACUGCUGCGGAAUUGACUAAAGACUUGUUGAAGGAUUACAUUUGGCAGCGCGAAGGUUUUCGGUUGGAAAUCACUAAAGAUGAUGGGGUAACGUCUCUGCACGGGCGCACAAACUUUGGAGACUCUAUUGAGGACGAAUGGGUCAUAGUGUACAUGUUGCGUGAAUUAACCAAGAAGCACAAGGAUAUCUGGGCUAGGGUUGUCGAUGGUGAUGGCCAGUUCCUUCUGGUGGAGGCCGCUGCUACACUGCCUGCGUGGCUAGAGCCCGAGGUCGCUGAGAACAGGGUAUGGAUCAACAAAGGCGAACUCGUUAUCAUCAAGCCGAAAAACGAUAAGAAGGACAGAGUGACGGAGAAACUGUCGUUUGCGGAUGCGAAGAAGAUCAUCAUCGAGGAGCCCGCACGACUCAUGCGCUCAACCAUGAUUCAAGAGGAGGCAUUCUAUCGUCUACGCAACUACCCUAAACAAAUAAACGAGAACCUCCAUUCCGCACUGGUCACCCUUCCCCGCAAGGUCGCUUUCUUGCUACACCAAAAGCCUGCCUACAUAUCCGCGGCUGUCGAGGCCUUUUACCUGCGAGAUCCCAUCGCGUUGCGGCCCUUACGUUCGAAGGAUAUCAGCAAUUUCAUCUUCAAGCCGGAGGACUUUGUGACGGUCAGCGUGCGCUUCACGCGGGUCGGUUACGCACAACUUAAGAGCCAGGACUUCCCGAUUCCUAAAUCCUGGGUGGAUAAGCUGCCAUCGAAGGAAGACCAAAAAGCAUAUGACAGGGCAGAGAUAGGCAUGAAGCUGGCUUGCGGGUUUGAGAUGCUACUCAACGACCCUCAGAACCAGGACAAAGCUAACGUGCGAGAGAUGCAAAUCAUCUUGGAGGAUUUGGAAACCGGAGAUGAACAGCUACCGACUGAUGAAGAAAUUCAGACUUGGGACCAAAGGGAAGACGACGAGAAGUGGCUCGACAUAAGCUUUGAGGACCUGGACCAGGAACUGAAGGGCAAAGGCAAGGGCAAGGACAACGACCCGCGUGCGGGAGGCGCCUUUGGAGACUCUAAUGCGCAGGAGAACCUGCAGCGCAUCGUGGCGCAAUUUGAAAAGUUCUUGAACGACGAGUCAGCUGGCUUUGAAGGCGCGGAAUUCAUCGACGACUUCAGCUCCGACGAAGAUGGUGGCGACGAUGAAGAAGACUUGAGUGACGAGGGUGAGGACAAAGAAGCUUCGUUCAAUGAAGAGGAAUUCUCGAGGAUGAUGGCGGAAAUGAUGGGAAUGCCGUCUGGCUCUGGCGCCAGCCACGGUCAAAGGGGCGCGUUUGGCCACCCGCCCCAGAACAGAGUCCAGGAGCUGGACAAUGACUCAGAGGACGACACCGAGCAGAUCAAAGAGUUAUCAAAUCAGAUGGAAGCGGAGCUUCGGGGCACGGGAGUUCUUGAUUUGAAUCGCCCAGCUAAAGCAGCCCAAGAUAAACGGAUAAUGGAAGAGGGCAAGUCCGCUGAAGCAAAAGAGGAUGAGAUGCCGGAUCUUGAUGAGGGCGACAUCGACAUCAAUCUUGCGAAAAAUCUGCUGGAGAGUCUCCAUGGUCAGGCUGGUGCUGCCGGGCCCGCCGGGAACAUGCUCUCCAUGAUGGGCCUCACAAUGCCGAAGGAUGACCGCCAUCGCUGA